AGAAGUGAUCUACGUCAUGCAGGUUUGGAAGUUUGCACUUAGGAUCCCGAUAUGAAGGAUUAUGAUGAAACCAUAUCUUUUUUGGGUCAGUGGGGACGUUUCCAGCAGAUUGUCUUCUUCCUGCUCUGUGCCAGCAUCAUGCCCAAUGGAUUCGGCGCAUUAUCUGUUGUCUUCUUGACUGCCGUUCCCAGUCACCACUGUCUGGUCCCAGAGGUUAACCUGACACAGGACUGGCGCAACGCUAUCAUCCCGAGAGAGGUGGUGAAUGGGAAACAGGAGCUGAGCAGAUGCAGCAGGUACAGGCUGGAUGUCGUCAGAAAUCUCUCCGCUCAGGGAUUCAUCCCUGGCAGGGAUGUCAACCUCACUGACCUGGAGCAGGAGGGCUGUGUGGAUGGGUGGAGCUACAGCAAAGACAUCUAUGAAUCCACCAUAGUCACUGAGUUUGACCUGGUGUGCGGUGAUCAGUGGAAGCAGCCAUUCACCACCACAAUUUUCUACCUGGGAUUUCUUGCUGGAUCCUUCUUCUCAGGACAGCUCUCGGACAGGUUUGGAAGGAAGCCUGUUCUCUUCAUCACCAUGGCUCUUCAGACAAUUUUUACUUUUUCUGAAAUGUUUUCCCCUUCUUGGACGGUGUUCUCCAUCCUCAUCUUCUUCAAUGGUUUGGGACAUAACUCCAACUAUGUGUCUGGUUUUGUGCUGGGCGCUGAGAUCUUGACUGGAAAAGUGCGGGUGCUGUUUUCAACUAUGGGUGUGUGUCUCGGCUUUGCCAUUGGCUACAUGCUGUUGCCUCUUUUCGCCUACUUUUUAAAGGACUGGAAAUCUCUCCUGCUGGGUGUCUCUCUGUCUGGCCUGCUCUACAUCCCUUUCUGGUGGUUCAUCCCAGAGUCUCUUCGGUGGUUGCUCUCUCAGGGAAGAGUGGAGGAGGCCGAGGCCAUAGUGAGAAAGGCUGCUAAGAUGAACAAAGUUGAGGCUCCACAGGUGAUCUUCGAAGAUUACAGUGCAUAUGCUGAUGAGACAAAGACAGACCCGAAGAACCACCACAAUAUCUUCGACCUUCUGAGGACAAGAAACAUCAGAAACAUGACUCUCAUUCUGUGCCUGGUGUGGGUCACUAUUAAUGCUGGAUACAAUGGCCUGUCCCUGAACACAUCCCGACUCCAUGCUGACCCCUACAUCAGCUGUUUCCUCUCAGCAGCUGUAGAGGUACCAGCAUACGUUUCCAGCUGGCUGUCGCUGCGAUACCUUCCACGACGACUGUCUGUCAUCUGCACCAUGCUUAUGGCAGGGAUGUCGCUGUACUUCAUUCAGCUGGUGCCUCAAAGUUUAUCUGAGCUGGCUGUUGCACUGGAGAUGCUGGGUAAAUAUAGUCUUACCACAGGUAUAGCCCUGAUGUAUGCCUACACAGCAGAGCUUUACCCAACAGUGCUCAGGAACACAGCAACAGGGACAUGCACCACCGUUUCCAGAGUGGGCACCUGCGUUGUACCUUUCGUGUUACUGCUGGGUGAUUACUUUAGGUACAUGCCUUAUAUCAUACUCGGGUCUCUAUCUGUCGUGUCUGCCUUCGCUACUCUCUUCCUACCAGAGAGUUUUGGACGACCUCUACCUCAAACUAUUCAAGAGAUGCAGAGAAGACAGAGAAUGAGGUGCCCAUUCAUCACAAGAAAGGAAAAUUCAAAAUCUACGGUGCUUUUCGAAAGUCAACUCUGAUUGUCUCAAACAUUACUUACAGAAGUUAUUAAUAAAUAUUGUAACUGAA